AUGCCUGGCAUCCUGCCUAUGAAGGUCAUCAAGGUGGGCAACAGCGCUCAAAGUCGUAUUGCCCAGGCCUGUGACCGUUGCCGCAGUAAGAAAAUUCGUUGUGAUGGCGUUCGUCCGACUUGCUCGCAAUGUGCCAAUGUCGGCUUCGAGUGCCGGACCAGCGACAAGCUGAGUCGCCGUGCCUUUCCCCGCGGAUACACAGAGUCGUUAGAGGAGCGAGUUCGGCAAUUAGAAACCGAGGUCAGAGAGCUCAAAGACCUCUUGGACGAAAAGGAUGAGAAGAUAGAUAUGCUUUCCGCCAUGCACGCCAACCACCAUCGCCAACCAUCACUCACAUCUGCCUCCAACACACUGCCUUCGCCAGACACCUCCAAGGACAGUCCCGCAUCUACUGCCAAGGAGGAUACUUUCCGCGUACAAGGCUCGCCGUUGCUUUUUGGCGUCGAGCAUUCUGACUCCUACUUCAUGGGCCCGUCCAGUGGCCGCUCAUUUAUCACCUCCUUCAAGCACAAACUUCGACAGAGGGGGAAAUUGUGCAAUGACUUUAAUCCAGAAGCCUUUCUGCACGUUCAAGGAUGCGCACCGUUGACUCAAGAAGAACCUAGCCAGGUUUCCCGCCUACCUCCUCGCAUCUUUUCUGACCGGUCUGUCAACGUCUACUUCCAGGAGUGGGCGCCGCUAUUUCCGGUUUUGCAUAAGCCUACCUUUCUUCGCAUCUACGAGGAGUUCGUGGCCGAUCCUGAAAAGGUCAAGUGCCAUCACAAAAUUGCACAGCUGCAUCUUGUUUUUAGCAUUGCCGGAGUCUCAUCUGAACAACCCGACUACCCGCAACUGGCCGCUUGCGAAAAGCAGUGGACCAAAGCUAUUGAAUCGAUGGUUCUGGAGAACACCAUGAGUACGCUCCAGUGCCUCAUCCUUGCGCUCCUGUAUUGCGCGAUUAGGGCAGACAAUAAGCGAGUCCAGCACUUCAAGGGUCUGGCCAUUGGACUGUCCCACCGACUCGGCCUGCAUCAGAGCCAAAAGCGAUUUUCUUUUGGGGCCUUGACCUUGGAGACGAGGAAGAAGGUAUUUUGGACUCUUUAUACUCUCGACUGCUUUACUGCCGCUACCCUUGGGCUGCCAAAAAUGCUCAAGGAGGAUGAUAUCCACACGGAAUAUCCGUCCGAUACAGAUGAUGAAUACAUUACCGAGAAGGGAUUUCAACCUACAUUACCGGGAGAACAUACUAGAUUGUCCAGCGCCCUGGCUCUUUUCCGGGCCACUCGGAUCAUGGCAGCAAUCUUGGAAAAGAACUAUCCUGCAGUGGCCAACCAUGAGCUCUCUCUUCAACAAAUGACUAGCUUUGAGGCGGAUCUUAAUGCUUGGUACCAAGAAUUACCCGCGCAUUUACGACUAAACUUCUCUCAAGAUAAGCCAUCAACAGACGUGACUGGGAGCAGAUCUCCCAUCCUGGCCUUGGCGUACCAUCAUAUCCGAACCCUGAUCUACCGUCCCGUUGUUGGCUCUAGCCUUGGUGCAAAGGCCGCACCCGCCCUCAUUUCCAUCGCGGAUUCCAGCAAGCGAAUCAUUCAAAUUGUUCAGCUGCUCGAGGAGAGGAACAUGAGCUUCUCGUUCUGUCUCAAUAAAUUUGACCUCCUGGCCCUCUGCGGCCUGACGCUUCUUUACCAGGUCGUCGAUCUGAAGGCGGACAGUAAAUUGAGCCGCGACAUUGAAAAGCUUGUCAACUUCACUAUCAAGUCGAUGAACCAAGCCAAGGCUCCAGGAUGCAUCGACCUGGCCCGCAUUGCAGCCAAUCUUAUCCGCGUUGACGAACAUCCAAGCCCUCUUCCACCUCAAGCACCAAUGGCGGCACCAUCACAGCGUUCGUCCUCAAAAGGCUCGAAAAAGAAGCCAGAACUUCAACAGGAGCACGAAGGGAUGCGUCGCAUGACCAUGCCCGAUACCCAGACCCUGGAAAGAGACUUUUGUCCUCGAUCGCGGCAGUCUUUUGAUAGCGUCACCUCUUCUGAGGCAUCGACCAACUACCAAGGCCACCGUUUGUCAGUAGUAACACAGCCAACCCGCAUUAGCACCAAGACUCCGAUAUCCCGCGUCAUUCCCAAUCUCGAUUAUCUGUCUCUGAACAACACUCCAUCUCAUACUGGUGCAUCUUCACCCGCUGGAAGAUCUCGCAUGGAGACGCCCGGAUUGUCAGUAUCGCCAUCCGGUCAAAUAAUGGCCGCUGUCGACCCUACAGCAAAGAUGGCUGACGUGUGCAAUUCUGAAUGGGAGACGCUACUCGGAUCAAUGGAUAGCAAUGUUUACGAUGCCAUCUAUGGUGGCGCAAGCCUCCCAAGUGAGACAAUACCCGCGAACUCGAACAGUGUUGGUUGGUCGCCAGAGUCUUGGGACAUGAGCAGCAUUAACGUGGGUGACUUUGGACGGAAUCCAGAGCCGCCACAAAGCGUGCUUAGCAUGAGUGACGAAAGUUUGAGCUCUGGCGAAGAAGUUGCGCCGUCAGAGUUGGGCCUUAGCGUGGGAAGCGCAGAAUUCAAUAAAUUGCACAUGCCAGAAGCCUAUGGCUUCGACCUCGAGGGAUUUCCUUUGUGA